GCCCAACGUUCUCCCGUUGAGCGCGAUCCUCCCUUCUUCUACCAGCCUAUACAGAACUCGUCGUCACCCAAGUCCUUCUCCUCCUCAACGUCAACGACGUCGAGUACAAUGUCCUUCGUCAAACUCAGCAUAUUCGGAACAUCCUUCGAGGUUACAACUCGAUAUGUUGACCUCCAGCCAGUGGGAAUGGGCGCUUUCGGUCUCGUCUGCUCAGCGAAAGAUCAACUAACAGGAGCAUCUGUCGCUAUCAAGAAGAUCAUGAAACCUUUCAGCACACCGGUCCUCGCCAAGCGAACGUACCGCGAACUCAAGCUCUUGAAGCACAUCCAACACGAAAACAUUAUCAGCCUCAGCGACGUCUUCAUCUCCCCACUGGAGGAUCUGUACUUUGUCACAGAGCUCCUCGGAACUGACCUUCACCGCCUGUUAACGUCGAGACCACUCGAAAAGCAGUUCAUUCAAUACUUCUUGUACCAAAUCUUGCGUGGCCUAAAAUACGUUCAUUCAGCGGGUGUCGUCCAUCGUGACCUCAAACCGAGCAAUAUCCUCGUGAACGAAAACUGUGAUCUGAAGAUUUGCGAUUUCGGAUUGGCUCGUAUCCAGGAUCCGCAAAUGACUGGCUACGUCUCGACACGAUACUACCGGGCGCCAGAGAUCAUGCUAACAUGGCAGAAGUAUGACGUUGCCGUCGACAUCUGGAGUACUGGGUGCAUAUUUGCAGAGAUGCUUGAGGGCAAACCGCUCUUCCCAGGGAAAGAUCACGUUAACCAAUUCUCGAUCAUCACGGAAUUAUUGGGCACACCUCCUGAUGAUGUCAUUGAAACCAUCUGCAGCGAAAACACCCUGCGCUUUGUCCAAAGCUUGCCUAAGCGGCAACGUGUUCCUUUCAGCCAGAAACUGCGGACGACAGACCCAGAUGCACUUGAUCUCCUUGAGCGGAUGCUCGUGUUCGACCCGCGCAAGCGGAUAAACGCGUCUGAGUCACUUGCUCAUGCCUACGUCGCACCUUAUCAUGAUCCUACCGACGAGCCGGAAGCGGAAGAGAAAUUUGAUUGGAGCUUCAAUGACGCCGAUCUUCCUAUCGAUACCUGGAAAGUCAUGAUGUACAGUGAAAUCCUCGACUUCCAUCAGGUCGAUCAAGGGCAGGGGCUGGGCAUCCCAGAAGGAGCGCUGGCUGGUCCAGAGGAUGGGGGCUACUCGAAUGGCCAUGCUUGA